AUGAGGGCUUCCACUCUUAGUUUGCUGUUUUUCUUCCUUUUCUUUCCUCUUCCUUGGCUGAAUCUGAUGAAAGGAAAGGUGGUGCAAAUGUAUGCUGGUCCAAGGGAUGCUUCUGACAGCAUGCAGGAUGGUAUUCAUCGGUUCUUUGGAUGUCUCUGGCUUGGGACUGGUUUCCAGCAGCUUACUUAA